GCCCCAAGCAGUGAAACACAUGAAAGCUCACGGCGCAGACUUUGAGCCGUUCUACCCGCAGGACAGAAUUGAAAAAUUCUACGAACGUGCAGGCCUUGCUGCACCAAAGGAAUUCGAGGAUCUCUUGUCCCAGGCUGCUCAGAGGAAGUACUGGGCCAACAAUUUUGUUAUUCAAACUGCAGCCAACCGCACCGGGAUUCCCAUUGUGAUUUGGUCGCUGGAAGAAGGCAAAAAAGAUCAAAAAAGACCCUAA